AUGUUUACAUUAGUUAAACUUUCGUACAUCGUGUGCGACGAGGAUGAGAAAUUAUUUUACGACGAUCUGAAAACGAUGCCAAUCGAGCAACAUACUGAGCACAUACCACUGAGCUACAUCCAGAACCCAACCGAUGAGACGAUACCGUUACACGGUCACUUGAGAUGCAUACAGUUCGCUGAGAUGUGCCAUUUCCAGUGGACCGUCGACGUGUGCGAGCAAGUGGCGCACAACGGGUACCUGGAGUGCUUGGUGUACGCACACCGUCAGGGAUGCCCGUGGUCGGAGCAAACGUGCGAGAACGCCGCCACGAACGAUCAGCUGGAGUGUCUGGCGUACGCGCACCGGAACGGUUGCCCGCUGGACGAAACCGUGAGCGAGCUGGCCGCGACCAUCGGCCACCUGGAGGCGCUGAGGUACGCGCACGAGAACGGCGUCCCGUGGAACGCGCGAGGCGGCAGCCACGCGGAGUGUCUGCAAUACGCGCACCACAACGGGUGUCCGUGGGACGAGAGAACGUGCAGCGCCGCCGCGACCAACGGCCAAGCCGCGUGCCUGAAGUACGCGGUGGACAACGGUUGUGCGUGGGACGCGGAUAUAUGCCGCGACACCGCUGCCCUCGGGCGCCUGGAGUGUUUGCGAUACGCGCACGAGCACGGGUGCCCGUGGGACGCGUACAUGUGCAAUAGCACCGCGGACAACGGGCACGUGGAAUGCCUCGUGUACGCACAGGACAACGGUUACGCGUGGGCCACGGCCCCGUGCCCGACGGCCGCCCAGAAGGAGCGCAUCGAGCGCGCUCGAAGCGCGUCCGCGACGAAGUCUUUUCGUGAUGACGCGCCUGUUGCAAGGGUUGUUUCAUUCAAAAAUUCGAGAUCGAUUGCUCCUGUGUGCCGGGGACGUUCCCGACGUAACGUUUAA